AUGAAGGAUCGACAGACUCUGUCCCCUCGUGCCGACAUCAAGCAGGCGAGCCUUCGCGACUCCAACGACAGCAAUCAGGACUGCAAGCGUAUAUGCGGUGCGUCCUGGCGCCUUUCCAUUCAGGCUCCGCUCAUCUUGGAACGUGAGCUGAUUCGGCAACUAUACACUCAUGACCUCAGCACAUUUCGACGUGGAAAUGCGAGACACGAGUGUGUACAGCAUACGGAUUCUUCCAUCACAAAUCUGCUCUGCUCAGACGACGUUGAAGGCCUAG